GUAAACCCUAGAUCUAACCACCUAAUCGCUAAGAAACCCUAGAUCUAGCCGCCAAGUGAGUAUGUCGAAUUCCCGAUCCUUUCUUGUUGCUUCCUCUUAUCCCUUUUAUAGACCCUGUCCUCGUGUUCGCCCUAGUUCACUUGAGCCUUGUUGGGCUUGAUUCUCGUUGGGCCCGUUUAGUAGCCCGGGUAAAUUCUGCUUCCACCGAGUCUUCUAGAACGCUCUUUGUCGCGCUACUAGACACGUCCUCGUGCUGAGGCGUUUCAUACGCGUUUAGUGGGCCGAGUAGAUUGUCACAUCGGGCUAAGCUUCUCCAUUUGAUGGGCCUUAUGGAGAGGUAUAACCCAUCUCCUACAAAGAAGAAGUCACCAGAUAACGAUGCUCGCUGUGUACAUAUGGAUAAGGUUUCAACUUUCAAGAGAUGGUGAGGUUAAUGUAGAAGACGACUCGUGUAUGUCCUUCGAGUUACAAGAAGACUCCAAUAUGAUAUUCUCUCACAGCCUUAUUGAAAACAGAGAGUGCCACAGAUCUUGUGAUCAGAGACUCAAAAAAUCAGAUUGUUGGACCAAAAACAAAAAUCUCUUACCUACUUGGAACAUCAUUGAUGAACUAUUUGGUCAAGACGACUGGGGAGAGAAUGAUGAUAAAACUCCAAGGGUCAAUGCUAUACAUAACUUGUGCGGCAAGUAA